GUAACAACAGCCUACAAGCCUGUUUCCAGGAAUGUGACUAGAAUGUAAACAGUAGCUCAGGAGCUAGUCUAAGGUAAAGGUUGUUAACAUUAUCUAUCUAGUAGCUAUCUUUGAUACUGAGUUGCAGCUGAAUCGCACGCAAUCAUGUCUUCACGGUAGAUUCCUCGAGCUGUGUGAUGACACUUUAAUACCGAUUCGUUACUCGUCGUCUCCCUCUUGUCGUUUGAUUGCAUACAUGAUUCAUAUGCUGUCACCAUGACCAAAGACAUUGUUGUUGGAGAUGAAUUACCUGACUGGGUGGGGGCCAAGGAGUUUUACCAGAAAUAUGACCCUAAAGAGGUGAUUGGCAGGGGUGUGAGCAGUGUGGUGCGCAGGUGUGUGCACAGACACACGGGUCAGGAGUUGGCAGUGAAGGUUAUUGAGAUCACAGCGGAGAAGAUGACAAUCCAGCAGCUGGAGGAGGUGAAAACCUCCACGCUGAAGGAGAUCCAAGUCCUCAACAUGGUGAAGGGACACUCCUCAAUCAUCACUCUCAUUGAUUCCUAUGAGUCCACAACCUUCAUAUUUUUGGUGUUUGACCUCAUGAGGCGGGGAGAGCUGUUUGACUACCUCACAGAAAAAGUUACUCUGAAUGAGAAGGAAACCAGGUACAUGAUGCGAGCUCUGCUGGAGGCCGUGCAGUACCUCCACUCCCUCAACAUCGUCCACCGGGACUUAAAACCGGAGAACGUUCUCCUGUGUGAUCAGGGAAACAUCAAACUGUCCGACUUUGGUUUCUCAGUGCAGCUACAACCUGGAGAGAAGCUUAGAGAGCUUUGUGGGACGCCUGGUUAUUUGGCCCCAGAAAUACUGAAAUGUUCAAUGGAUGAAAUGCACCCAGGCUACGGCCAAGAGGUCGAUCUCUGGGCGUGUGGCGUGAUCCUUUUCACCUUACUGGCCGGCUCGCCACCGUUCUGGCAUCGCAAGCAGAUGCUGAUGCUGAGGAUGAUCAUGGAGGGUCGCUAUAAGUUCAGCUCCCCAGAGUGGGAUGACAGGUCUGACACCGUGAAAGAUCUGAUAUCCAGACUGCUGGUGACGGACACAGCUGUCCGUCUCACCGCUGAGCAAGCUUUAGCGCACCCCUUCUUCAGACAGUACCAGAAGGAGGACGUGCGACUCUUCAGUCCCAGAAAGACAUUUAGGGUGUUGAUCAUCAGCGUGCUGGCCUGCAUCAGGAUGUACAGCCGUUACCGCAGGGCUCGGCCGCUGACCCGGGAGGUGCUGGCCAGAGAUCCUUACUCCCUCCGCGGUGUCCGCAAACUCAUCGACGGCUGCGCCUUCCGCAUCUACGGGCACUGGGUGAAGAAAGGCGAGCAGCAGAACCGAGCCGCCCUCUUUCAGAACACAGCUAAAAUCAUGCUGCUGGACCUAGAGGACUUUGAAACAUAAAAGGUCAACCUUAUUCCUAACCACGUUGAUUUUUUAUUUUAUUUAAACAUAUGCAUGUGCUGUCAUGUCGGUGUUUGUCUUGUUGAAUCUCUGCGUUUAAUUUAAGAUGAAGAAUUCAGGGACCGUCUGGGACGUUUGUAUGCCUCGGCACGCACCGUGGCUCUGCAAGUUUAAGAUAAGCACGCACACCUUAUCUUAUUUUUGAAACUCUUCUCGUCAGGUCAUCAUGUUUGCAGUGCCACUUUGCAGUAGAAGACACAUUGCACAAUCGUUUGAUAUGAAACAUCACUUAUAAGUACAUUAUGUGUAUUUAGGAUUUUACCUGUUGAUCGUCAGUUAUGACUGAGGAGAGGAUGCGUUUCUAAGCACUGUGUGGCUGAGGUGGACAUUAAAGCACUGUGAUUAAUUAUUUAAUAGUUAAUUAUAUACAUAUAACAUAACAAGCUUCAGAUUUACAGAUAUUCUAAUGUUACAAAUCAGUACCAGAAGACAUGUGAAAUAUAUAAGUACAGUAUUUGGGAGUGUUUUUCCUGUAGCUGUCAUGCAUGCAGACAUUCCUCAAUAGGAAACCCACUUAAACUAACUGUGAAGACUAGUUGUGACUGUAUUUCCUAUUAACCAACACCAUUCCCUACUCGGUUCAUUCUUGCAACUUAAUAAAUGGCACUUAUUCCUGAAAGUGCCUCCCUGAGAAAUGUACAUUAAUUGUAAAAAUGCAGAUAUACAUGUACUGUAUAUGAAAAAAAAAACGGUUUUAUUGACAAUAAAACUAAUGUUUGAACUUUAA